GUGAACUUAUAUAUAAACGAAUCUAGGGUUUUUCUUGUACCCUAGAGCAAACUCCAAACCAGAGGAAAAAAAUCCAUUCGCCGUCGCUUUCUCUCAGAGACCAAAGAUGAAGACGAUCUUGUCAUCUGAGACGAUGGACAUCCCCGACGGCGUCGCCAUCAAGGUUCACGCCAAGGUGAUCGAAGUCGAAGGCCCACGAGGGAAACUCAUCCGAGAUUUCAAGCAUCUCAACCUCGAUUUCCAGCUGAUCAAGGACGAGGUCACUGGGAAGAGACAGCUCAAGAUCGACUCAUGGUUCGGAUCUCGCAAAGCAAGUGCUUCGAUCCGAACUGCUCUGAGCCACGUUGGCAAUCUCAUCGCUGGUGUCACUCAAGGUUUCCUUUACAAGAUGAGGUUCGUGUAUGCCCAUUUUCCAAUCAACGCUUCGAUCUCCAGUGACAACAAAGCCAUCGAGAUCCGUAACUUCCUUGGCGAGAAGAAGGUCAGGAAGGUGGAUAUGUUGGAUGGUGUUACCAUUGUUCGAUCUGAGAAAGUUAAGGAUGAGAUUACUCUUCAGGGAAAUGAUAUCGAGCUUGUCUCAAGGUCAUGCGCUUUGAUCAACCAGAAAUGCCAUGUGAAGAAGAAGGAUAUUAGGAAGUUUCUUGAUGGUAUCUAUGUGAGCGAGAAGGGCAAGAUUGCUGUUGAAGAAUGAAAGAAUGAAAGCUAUAUUAUAUUCAUAUGCUGGAACAGUGAUAUAGUCGUAGCUUUUUGUUUUCAUGUCUUUUGGAUUUGUAGUUUUGUUUCCUUUGGACCAUGAUGAUGCAAACUCAUUAUCCUCCUAUAUGUUGGGUUUUUCAAUUUACUCUGUUUCUUGCAAAAGUUUUUGAGACAUUUCUUUAAUCUUCUCUCAUUUUCUUAUUUAUAAUGAACCGUGUGUUUCCUGUUUACUAUUUGAUUGAACUUGAAAGAACAUCUAUGUUUUUUUAUUCUUCAAGCUGGAUUUGGAUUGCUGUGACAUAAUUAUCAAACUCGGAGACCAAAUUUA